AAUGCAGCAUAAAGUUCAGAGGAACUGCAGAGACAUCUUGAGGCUGUUUGGGUGAACUUCAAAUCGCUACGUGUCCUCGGGCUAUAAUAAAUCUCGCGACCUAACCCCCCGUCCUGCUUCAGGACUGGAGCAGACAGCAGCAACUCGGCAGUGAAGGCAGCAGCUGUCCCACCCAGCAGCUCGGCCCAAACAUGGGGGAAAUCAUCCAGCCACGGCGCAUGUUCCUCUGGAGCAUGGCGGUCAUCUAUCUGGCUGCUUUUGUGUCCCUAUAUGUGCAGAUACCAGGUCUCUAUGGUAAUGACGGGCUGUUGCCUGCUCGUUGGCAGCUGCGACACAGCGGGAAGUCUCUAUGGGAACAGCUGCAGUCCUCUCCCAGCCUGCUGUGGCUGGGACCUCGGCUCGGUGUGGACACACACACCGCUAUGGAACUGCUGUGUCUGAUAGGUGCUGCACUGAGCCUCGCCGCCACGCUGGUGGAGGCUCUGCGAGACAGCGUGGUGUUUUUCUGCCUUUGGGCGUUGUACCUGUCAAUGUACCAGGUGGGCCAGGUGUUUCUCUACUUCCAGUGGGACAACUUGCUUCUGGAGACGGGCUUCCUCUGUAUCCUCGUUGCUCCACUGACAUUAAUCAGAGGGUCCCGAGGGGUCCGACAGCAUGAUCGCGUGACCUUCUGGCUGAUCCGCUGGUUGCUCUUCAGGCUCAUGUUUGCCUCUGGUGUGGUGAAACUCACUUCUCGUUGUCCCACGUGGUGGGGCCUUACCGCUCUGACGUAUCACUAUGAGACUCAGUGUAUCCCCACCCAGCUGGCUUGGUUUGCCCACCAGCUGCCGGUGUGGUGGCAGAAGCUGAGUGUGGUGGGGACCUUCGUUAUAGAGAUCGCUAUACCGCUGCUUUUCUUCAGCCCUCAACGGAGACUCAGGCUCGGGGCUUUUUACUUCCAGGUGUUGCUUCAAGUGCUCAUCAUUUUGACUGGCAACUACAAUUUCUUCAACCUGCUGACUUUGGCCCUCAGUCUGUCGCUUCUGGACGACCAGCAUGUAGACUUCUGGCUACGCAAGGCAGACAAGAUCAGCAGUAAUGUUUACUCACCAGAGUAUCAUCGGGCUGUCUCUUUGUUCUGGUCAGACUCCAAGAUGGGGUCAUGGCUGUGUUACCUGCUGGAGCUGGCAGUGUGGUCGCUCAUGAUCUUCGGAUCAAUUGUAUGCUUUGACCUGAAGAUGGACACAACGAAGAACAGCAUCUCCUCCAGGACAGCAUUCACAUACCACCAGUUUAGCCAGUUUCUGAAGACGGUCAUUAUCCCCUGUAUCUGGAUUGGUGUCCUCUCUCUCACCUGGGAGAUGGUCACAGCUAUGUUCAGGUGUGCAUGUGUCUCCGGUUUCCUGAAGAGGUUUUGGGGAACUCUCCAGUGGUCUGUGUUUGCUGCUGCCACCACUGCUAUGUUCACUGUUAGUCUGGUGCCAUUCAGCUAUAUGGAGUAUGACUCAAAUGCCAGGUUGUGGCCGGGAGUGCGUCGGGCCUAUGACCUGGUGGAUCGCUACCAGCUGGUCAACUCGUACGGUCUGUUCAGAAGGAUGACCGGGGUCGGUGGGCGGCCAGAGGUGGUCAUCGAGGGAAGCAACGAUGGAGUCUCGUGGACGGAGAUUGAGUUUAUGUACAAGCCAGGAAACUUAAGUGCAUCUCCUGGUAUGGUGUCACCUCACCAGCCCAGGUUGGACUGGCAAAUGUGGUUUGCUGCCCUCGGGGGUCAAGCACAGGCUCCGUGGUUCACCAGCCUCAUGUACCGCCUGCUGCAGGGCAAGAGAGACGUGAUAGAGUUGAUCCAGACGGAUGUAUCACAGUAUCCGUUCCACCAGCAGCCUCCCACCUACCUCCGAGCCCACCGCUACAGAUACUGGUUUACUGAACUAAAGCCCGACGGUUCCUACCCGCAGCGUUGGUGGAGGAGGGUCUAUGAUGAGGAAUUCUAUCCCACAGUGCACCUGGGCAACACCUUCCUGGAGAGCAUGCUCAAUCAGUAUGGACUCAAGGACAAAUCUCCUCCGCGUCGUAUGUCCAACAACACUGUUACCCAGGCGGUGAGGUGGGUGCGCUCUCAGGUCAGAGGUGUUCCCACACACAUACUCAUCUGGACCCUCAUUGCCUGCAGCGCCACCCUCUGUCUGCUCCAGGGAUUGCAAAACAGGGACAAACUUGCAGAAAGGAAUGCUAUCACUCAUAAGGCAGAAAAUGUACCCGACGGCUCUUCAGACCAUUGUGGAAAGUCCGAUGAACAGCAGGAAGAGGAAGAGGAAGAUGAAGAGGACAAUGAAGAUGAGGUGGAGGAGGGCGAAGGAGAGGAGAAGGAUCCUGUGGAGGAGGAGGAGGAGGAGGAGGAGGAGGAGGAGGAAGACGAAGACGGGAUAGAAAGAGAGGAGAUUCUUGGAAAGAGGAAGUUAUGAAAGACGCAGGUAAUCCCGCAGUAGACUGUUAUCACCACCUGCCUUCAUAAAAUGUUCCCAAAAUGACCAAAGAAUAUUUCUGUGUAAAUUUGUAUUUCCUGAUCAGCCAAUUAAGGAAAAAUGUGUUUGUUUGCCUUAUCACACCUACACCUUACUGCUGUACAUUUUUCAUAUAUCCGUCUGAACAUUAGAAAUCGGUUAAUUCAGCAAAUCUUGAUGUUUAUACAUUUUAAAUCGGUCUUGACUUAUGUUAAAAAUUCAAUCUAGGCAGCAGAUCAAAUCCUGUUGAAAUAAUAGAGAAAUAUAACAUUUUAAAUAAGCAGGCUUCCGUUUUGCCCAUUAAGAGGGUAAAUGUGUGUCGUUCAUGUUCUCUCCGUCUCCUCUUUGUGUUGUUGCACUUGUAUGUAAAUUCAGGUCUUUGUCUGUUUCCUGGUGGUAUUUUAUUUUAUGUUACAGUGGUCUCUUGCUAUAUAAGCUGAACUAAAACACUGCACUUUCUCUUAUUUUCUCCACAUAUAUCUUUUAUAUCAAUGUUAAAAAUGACACACAAAUUGAUGUAUUUUUAAAAAGUUAUUUUUUUUAUCACAUAUUAAAGUACAAUAAAAAUAGAAACGCUUUGUCAUUUAAAAAAAUCUGAAAAUGUGCAACAAUCACGAGUCCUAUAUGUGUCAUUUUAAUAACUUUGUCAGUAUAUAAUCUAUCAUGAGUAGUAUAUGUGUUUAGAUCUUUUAGUGUUAUAAAGCAACAACAUAAAAACA